AUGGAGAUCCCUAUACCGCACGUCCGUAAAACAGAAGGCUUUGAAGGCGAGGUCGAAGGCGACGGAGAUCCCGGGCCGGAGGACAUUCAAGUGUCACUGCUCGAGUACCUCCAAUUAGCACUCCCUGAGCACUCGAUGGGGCCUACGGACGUGAACGAGGUCGACAACCCGCCGUACCAAGCGUCAGAUAUUCAUACUAUCUCUACAUGGACGGAGUUCAACGUCGAUGCUAUUCUAGCGCAGUAUGCGAGUCUUUUGAAUCAGGUACAGCUCCGUGCGGAUCCCCUCCCAGCUUCGCCGCCACGAAGCAUUAUCGGGACAGAUAGUCUCUCGAUGGAGUUUGGGGAAAUAGUGAAGCCAAGGAUCCAGUGCAGUUUGCGGGCGGGGUUCGCGUAUCUCGCGGCUACGGAACAGAUGGAUGAUAUGACGGCCGUGACUAUGGAACGUGAAGCACAUGACAUGUAUGAUGAGGCUGUGCAUUGGCCCGAAAUCAGUUUUCUGGAUGUAGAUAUGGUGGCUAGCUCAGCAUCCAACCGUGCUCCUGGGGUGUUGCUGCCAUCGUGGCGAUGGAGGACGGGGAUGGCGAUGCGGAAGCCUGACCGCGAGGCGUAUCUGGAGGGAUUGGCAAGAGUGAAUUGGUACAUGAGACAGCACGGGGCUUCAUUUGGUUGGAUUCUUACCGAUGAAGGGCUGGUCGCUGUGCAGCGGGGGAAAGAUGCGGGGGAGUUACUGAUUUCGGAGGAAGUGCCGUGGUGUCGAGGUGGUACACCAGAAAUGCCAGAGGUGACGGUGUUGUUGGGACUGUGGUACGUGGGGAUGCUUUCUGCGAGGGAUCCUUGAAGCUUUUUCUUUGGAAGUGG